AUGGAUAAUACGAAAUGUGUUGUCUGCGGAAAUACUAGCUUUAGAAUAGAAGAAGGACAAUAUGUUUGCAAUGAAUGCAAUUAUGUAAGUGAAAUUAUACUUGAACAAUUUGAUGAAGCUUUUGAAAUACAAUCAGUUAAUGAUGAUAUAAAUAAUCAAUUUCUAGAGAAAGAUAUAUAUAAUGUUAUUAAAAAAUUAUAUAAAGAUGAUAAUUUAAGUAAUAAUAUAGCCAAAUAUGUCUUUAAGGAAAAUGAUGAAUUUUUUAUAAAUUUUCAAAAAAUUUUAAUAAAUUUUAUACAAACAUUUAUUACAAUACAUGAAUUACCACCAAUUAUUUAUGAUGAAAUAAAAAAGAUAUGGUUUUACAUAUUAGAAUUAAAUAUAAGAAAUUUGAAUAUUUAUAUGCCCUUUGGAGGUAUGAAAGAUUCUCUGAGAUAUAUAUAUGAAGUAAUAAAAGAUAAAAAAACAUCAGAAGUAUUAGACAAUUUGAAAAAUGAUAAUAAUAUUAAUGAGGAUAUGAAAAAUGUAGCAUAUAAAAUGGGCUUAAGCAAAAUUUCGUAUUUUUUUACUUUGCAGAAAAAAUAUUUACAUAAAACAUUUAAAAUGACUGAAUUUUAUCCUAAAAAAAGUGAAAUUAAUAAACAAUACAAUAUUAGAUUAUUAAAUUUAUAUAGAAAAACAUCAUUGUUAGAUAGCGAAAAGAAAAAUAGACAGGAUUUUAUACGAUUUAAUGAAUUGAUAAAUAGUAUAAAACAUUCAAAAACAAAAAAUGAAUUCAGUAAUAUUAAUAAUGAAGAUGAUUUUUUUGAUAUGAAUAAUAAUGAAAAAGAUAUUUUAAACUACGAAUUUAAUUCAAAUAAUGAGAAUAAUCUAGAAUUCUUCGAUUAUAUGUCAAGGGAGAAUUUAGAUAUAGAUAAUAUUCAGUCGGAUAAAAAAGAUAGUAUACUUGAAAAUGAAAAUAAUUUAAACAAUCGAAACAAAUCAGAUAAUUUUAUGAAAUGUAAUAACUUUAUGAAAAAUGACAAUUUUUUUGAUUCUGAACGCGUUUAUCACUUUUACUCUUCAUAUUUAAUUAAUAAAUUUUUACUUUCUAGGAAUUUAUCUAAGCCAAUUGUUAAGAAUAUAUCAUGUUAUUACAUGAAUAGAUCAACUAAUUGCAAUGAACUUAUUGGUUUAAUUUAUGAACAUGAUUUUUUAUAUUAUGUACGUGAAGAGUUAAAAAAAAAAUGUGAUAUUGAAUUUUUAUCCUACUAUGACAUUUUACAAGUAUUUAAAGGAAAUUAUGAUCAUUUUUUAUAUUCCUCAUUAAAUGAACAAAAUGUAGACAUUUAUUGUAAUGGUAAAGAUGAUAAAAAUAUAAGCAGUUGUAAUGAUGAUAAUAAAAAUAAUAUUCCAUUAUGUAACAAAAAUGAGGAGAAAAUAUUAGUAAAUAAUAAUGAAUUUAAAAAAAAAAUAGAAAUAAAUGAUUUUGAACCUGAAACUGAUUUAAAAAUAAAAAAUGAAGUAGAUGAUAACUAUGAAUUAAAUAGUUUACAAUAUAAUAAUGAAUAUGAAAUAGAUGAAUCAAGAUUUGAAGGGCAAACUAAAAUAAAUGACUUUGGAUAUGAUAAGGAUUUAAAAAUAAAAAAUGAAGUAGAUGACAAAUAUGAAGUAAAUAGUUUACAAUAUAAUAAUAAUGAAUAUGAACAAGAUAUAGUGGAAUUCGAAGAAAAUUUAGAAAUUAGUGAAUUAGAAUAUAAUAAUGAAUUAAUAAUAAGUGAACAUAAAGAAAUAGAAAAAAAAAAUUCUAAAGAAAAAAAUUUUCUAUCUAGUGAUAAUAAUGCUAUUCAAGAUGUUUUAAGAACGUAUAAAAAUUAUAUUGAAUUAAAUAAGGAAGUUUGUAAAAAAGAUAUAUCAAAUUCAUCAGUAAUAGCCAUCAGUUCUUCUUCCGAUAAUGAAAAUGAAGAUAAAAAUAAAAAGGACAAAAUAUUUCAAAAAUCAAUUACAAAUCAUAAUUCAAUAGAUAAAAAUUUGUCUUACCAAAAUGAAAAUAAUUCAGAAUAUAUAAAUGAUUUUAUUGAUAAUGAAAUAAUUUGUGAUAAUGACUAUUUUAGUGACGAAUUUAGUUGCAAAAAAAAUGUUAAAGAUAAUACUGAUGCUAAUAAUAAUAAUUUUUUCACUGUACCUUCUUUUGAAGGUGAUAAUAAAAAAAAUUUUAAAUAUGAUAACAGUUAUAAUGUUUUAAUUAAUACUAUAAAUGAUAAUACCAAUAAGGAUUUAAACAAUGGUAAUGAUAAUAAUAAUAUAAAUAAUUUAAGUAGUAACAUAGAUGGUGCUAACUUAAUUAACAAUAAAAUUGACAUAUAUAAAAAAUUAGAAUACAUAAAUAAAAUAAAAAAAAAUAGUAAAUUUAAAAUUGAAAAGAAUUAUUAUGAUAAUGGAUUAAAAAAUAAAAAAGAAAACUUAAACAGUAUAUAUUCACUUGCAAAACAAUGCAUAUUUAAAAAUAAUAAUAAUGAACAUAAUUCGAACACAAACAUAUAUAUUCCAGAAAAAUAUCUAAUUGAUUCUUUUAUAUUUGAUGAUAUUUACAAAAAAGUUCUUUAUAUUUCUAACUUCAAAAGAUUUAGAACAUUAUCAAUAAAACAUAUUUAUAAGGAAUAUAUAGAAUUUUUUUUUCAAGAUUAUAAAUAUUACUUAAUAGAUAUGGAAACUUAUAAGUUUUGCUUUAAUUUUACUUUCGAUUUAUUAUUUUACAUACUUUAUUAUUGUUUAAAAAGAUUAAAUAUUUAUUGUUUACCACAUAAUAUGAAGAAUUAUAUUAAUUCUGAUAAUUUUAAUUUAUAUAAAAUUUUUAAUAAUGUCUCUGAAUCCUUCUUUAAAUUAUUUAAAGAGCAAACUAUCUUUAAUUUUCCUUUGAAGAAUUCUCAUUUUUCUGAACUGAAAAAAUAUUUUUUUAUAAGAAAUUUAAAAAAUAGUAUACCAUUUAUAUGUAUUCAUAGUUAUGAGCACAACAGUAAAUACUUCAUGGAAGAAUCAAAUAAUCAAAAUGAUGAUUAUAUUUACUAUGAAAUUUUUCAUAAAAAAUUGAAGUCACAUUUUUCUAAGAUGAGGAAUGUGAAUUUUCUGGUGCAUAGAAAGUGGUUAAAAGAUUUAGAAAACUUUAAUGGCUACUUAAUAAUAAACUUAUAUUCAUUAAUUAAUGAUUUAAUAUAUAAAUUUCAGCUUCCAAAUACAAUUCAAAUAUAUUCUAUUAAACUUUUAAAUUUAGUUAUAUUUAAAUAUAGGUUUUCAAAGUUUCUUUAUAAUGUAUAUAGUAACAGAUAUGAUGAUUUACAUACUGAAUUAAAUAAUUUUUAUAAUUACAAAAAAAUAUAUAAAGAUUGUUUUACAUUUUUUGGGGGGAGAUAUAGAGGCAUUCACUUAAUAAAUGAUAUAAACAAAUAUAUUUUAUAUUUAAUGAAAAAAGAGUAUUAUAUAAAAAAGAAAUAUAUUGAAACAAAAAAGUAUUUAAUGCCUGAUAAAGUAAAUGUUAAUUAUAAGGUUUAUAAUAAAAUUAAUUACUUUUAUAGACAAAAAUUUUUUUACACUUUUUAUAACAUUCCCUCUAGCUUAUAUUUUUCUAAGAAAUAUUUUUAUAAUAUAGCCACUGCCUGUGUUAUAAUUGCAUGCAAGUUUUAUUAUCCUAUGUUUUCUAACGAUUUUUUCUGUUAUGAAAACAUGUUUGUAAAAAACAAAUAUGAAAGUUUUCAUUUAAAUAAUCAUUAUAAAUGUCAUAUUCAAAAUAACUUUAAUUUUUAUAAUAGAGAUAUUAUUCAAAAAUGUUCUCAAAUAAAGAAAAUGUCACAGAAGAAAAACAUCAACAAAAAAAAGGAGAAAAACAAGUGUAAAAUGAAAAUGAUUAAUGAAAAUAAAAAAGAAAUAGUAAUAAAUGAAAAUAAAGAAGGAACUAUUACUUGUGAUAAUUUACUGAAGAAAAAAAUAAAGGUUAUUUUGGAAACAUCAAUUACAGAAAAAAAAAAAAAAAAAUUAGAUAAUAAAAAUACUAGAUGCCAAUUAAGUAGUAUUAAAAAAAAAAGAAAAUAUCCAAAUACAUGGGAUCAAAAAGAUUCUUCAAGAAAAUUUUUAAAGAUAAAAAAAUUAAAAUAUAGUAACUUGAAUCUAAAUAAAAACUAUAAUGAAAAUUAUUUAACGAAUGAAUACGAUUCCAACGAAAGUUUUGAAAUAGAAAAUAAGAAAUUGGAAAUUAGUGAUAAAUAUUUUGAUGAAGAAAAUAAGCAUUCUGAGGUAGAAGAUAAAAGUUAUACAAACAUAACUGGCUUCAAUGAUAAUUAUAACAAAAAAGAAGAAAAAAAUGGGAAUGAAAAUGAUGAAACAAGCUCAAAUAUAAAAGAUAUAAUUUUAAACACAUAUGAUAAUGACUUAAGUGAUCAUUCAAAUAAAAUAUAUUUAAAAAAAAAUGUAGAUGUUGUAUCAAUAAAUGAAAGUAGUUCAAUUAAUUAUUGUAAUGAUAUUUUAAAUGAAACUUUAAAUGAAAAUUAUUUUGACAAGUAUUUAAACAAAAAUUCAAAAAAUUAUCAAGAAAACUUGGUUUUUGAUUUCUUAAAUAAUGAUUUUUGUGAUGGCAAAAUUUAUAAUUACCUCAUUUCUGAUGAUUGUGAUUUUGAAGAUAAAGUGAAAUCGAUUAAAAAAGGAGAAAAAGAAAAAAAGAAAAAAAAAAUAAAUAAAAUAAGAAUAAAAGAAAUAUAUUUUAAAUCAUUAAAACACAAUCACAAUUAUUUUUUUGUUCCUGUUCAAAACAUUCUGAGGGUUUUUUUUAAUUACAAAAGACGACUUCAUUGUGAAUUUUUUAAAAAAUCAAUGGAAAUAAAUGAAAAUGAUAACAAAAAUGAAGAUGAAGAAAAUAUUUUUAGAAAAUUUAUAUAUCAAAAAGUUCAUACAGAGGAAAUCAAAAAUGAAAAUGAAGAUAAAAAUAAAAAUAGUAUUUCUAAUGAUUAUGAAGAUGAAAGCAAGACAUAUGUAUUACCAAACAAUAAGGGGCUAAGAACAAGUGUGAGAAAUGGUAAAAUAUAUAAAAAUGGAGAAAAAAAAAAAAUUAAAACACUUUUUAUUAAGCAAAAUCCAUUUUGUUGUAAAGAUUUAUUAUUUGAUCAAAGCUGUAAAAUAUUAAUUGCUAAUAAUAAUAAUAAUAAUAUAGAGAAAUUUAAAGAUAUAUUGAAAGUCUUUUUUUUAAGUAAUUAUCCUCAUCAUUUAAAUUAUUUUAAUUUUAAUUUAAAUAGUUUGAUGUUUUAUAAUUUGAUUGAGAUAUUAGCGAAUGAUAAUAAUAACUUAUCAUUAUGUUUAUCAAAUAAAAUAAGUACGCAUUGCAAUUUUAUUUCUGAUACUAUGAUCAUAAAUAAAAUGAUCAGAAAUAAAACCAGAUAUGUAAUGAAACUUUUAUAUUUAACUGAAACAAAGAAUAUAACAAUUAAUAACAAUUCCUUAUCAAAUGAAAUAAAUGAUAAAGGUAAAUACAAGAAAAAGAAAACUAGGAAAAAAAAAAAAAAUGAAACUUUAAGUGAUGCUAGUAAUAAUGCAUAUUCAGAUAAGCAAAAAGAAUCAAAUUACUUAGAAAAAAAUAAGUUAAUAAAUUUUAAUGAUGAUAUAAUUUCGGAGUUUAUAAAGACAAAUAAUAAUUAUGAAAACGAUAAAAAUUUGUAUAGGUUAUUAGAUAAUAGCUGUGAUGAUAGUGAAAAUGAAAAAAUUUUAAAAAAAAAAUCAGACAAGAUUCAAUAUGUUAAUUUUAUAUAUUCAAAAAAUUAUGAAAUUGCAUUUUUUACUUACAUAUUAUAUGAAUAUUAUUAUCUAGUCCAAUACUAUUAUCACUUUGCUCAUCUAGUUGAUAUAUUAAAUGAUUUGAUUAAGCACUCGUGGAAUUUAUAUCAAUUACUUUUCCUUUAUUAUCAAUUAAAUUAUGAUAUUUACAUAUAUAUGAAAUGUUUAACUCAACUAUUAAACAUGUUUGAAUAUUUUUUUGUUGUUAUAAAAAAUAAGGAGCAUAUCAAUGCAAAUUAUUUUAAUUGUUUUUACAGAAAUAGAUAUAUAAAAAAAAAAAAAAAGAUUCUCCAUAAAAUAAAAAUCUUUUAUUUUAUUUUUCAAAUUUUUUAUAGUAUAAAUGGAGCUAAAUAUAAAACUAAUCGUAAUUUAUAUUUCUAUAUGUGUAAAUGUUUUAUAAAUACAGAAUCAGUUAUAUUUCAUAGAAAAUAUUUUACUAAAAUCCCUUUUAAAAAGUAUCAUAUGGAAAUGAUUUUUCAUUUAAAGAAUAUUAUUAAAAAGGGUCAUGCAUAUUUAAAAAAUAUGAUAGAAAAUACAUUUAAUAUAAAAAAAAUAAAAAGGAUGAUUACAACUAAAAUGAAACGUAUAUCAACAAAAUUAGGUAACUUAAUUAAAAGAACAUACAUUAAUAAUACUUAUAUUCAUAGCUAUGUAUUAUCAUUUAGGCGUCACAUGAUGUUUCAUAUAAUAGUAUUGAACGUUCAUUUUUUUUUAAUUAAUUUUAAAGGAACAUUAAAGCUAUCUGAAAAAAAUUAUUCUACUUUCAUAGACAACUAUUACAUGAAAUUUAAUCAGUGGGAUGAAAAAAUUUUUAAUAAUAAUGUCUUUGUUCUUUCAUCAGAAAAAAAAAAGAAAAAAAAAUCUCAUUCGUUACAUUUUCCUAGCAAUAUAGAUAAAAAAUUAUUUAAUAAAAAUUUAACUAAUAAAAAAGGAAACAGCCAAAUUUCUGAUUUUUAUAAAAAUGUUUUUUUAUUUUUUAUGAAAACUCAAAAGUUAAAAAUUUUAAAAAAAAAAACAUUUGCUAAUCUAUAUUUUAAAAGUAUAAAUUUUAAUAGAAAUAGGAAUAACAAUGUUAUAAAAUCCAAUAAUGAAUAUGCCAAAAGAUACUACCAUAAUAAUUGUCUAAUAAAUUCUUUUCAAUUAGAAGAAAAUGACAAAAAUAAUCUUAUGAAAGAAGAAAAAUAUUUUAAUAAAUAUAUCAAAUUACUAGAAGAUAUGAAUACAAAUAAUUACAUCAAAUUUAAAAGUAAUCAAAAUUUUGAAAAAAAAAGUAGAAAAUUUGAUAUAAAUUCAUUAUUUCAUAUAUAUAUAAAUAUUAUUUUUGAGUUAAACAAAACAAAAAAAAAAUUACCAUGUUUAUUUUAUUACAAAUUUAUUUCAUCCACUUUGAUAAACAAAAAAAAGAGUAAAUUUUUGUGCUAUAAUAAAUCAGAUAUUAUAAACGAUUGUAUAAAAAAUAUAUAUAAGCGCAAUUAUGAGGUACUGCAUAAUACGUAUUUAAGUAAAAUUUUAAAAUGCGAAAAUGUAAUAAAUGUUAUAAAGCAUUUAAAGGAUAAGCAUAUGGCUAAUUUUUUUAGUAAUUUUAAUAUAUUUAGAAACAAUUAUUAUAAAGUACAACCUGAGAUAAUAGAGUAUUUUCUAAUGAAUUUUUUAAAAUUUUAUAGAAAAUUUAAAAAAAUAAUAAAAAAUCCAAAUAUUAUAUUUUUUUUAUACUAUUGGAGGUCUUGUAGUGAUUUAAUAAAUAAGAAUAAAUUUAUGAUUAAUAAUUUAUUCAUAGGACAAGAAUUAGCGGAAAAUAUAUUUUAUUCCUUUUUUUUGUAUUUUUGUAAAACAAAAUUUUUAAAAAAUGAAUUAAUUAGAAAUAAAAUAAAUAUAAUAAACUAUAACAAAUUAUUUAAGCUUAUAUUAAACAUAGAAAACAAUUUAUUAAAAAAUAAAGACAAUGUACUUUUGCUCUAUAAUAAUUCAUAUGACAGAUUAUUUUAUAAAAAAAAAAAAUAUUUGAAUAAUACAUAUUACCUAAAUAAAAGAAUGGAAAAUAACACUAAAUUAAAAUUUAUAUCUUCAUUAACGUCCGUUAUUCAAAAUAUAAACUUUUCUACAUAUGAUAUAAAAAGCAUAAAGAUUUUAGAUAUAUAUAGAUCAUUUAUGGAGUUAGUAAAUAAUUUAAAGGAUGAUGAAAAUAAAAUUGAUUUCAAUAAAAUAAUAUAUUUUCAUUUAGAUGAUGAAAUAUUUAUGAAAAAUAUAUAUGAAAGAAAAGAAAAACGUAUAAUAAAUGACGAAAAAGAAAAAAAAAAAAUAAUUAAUUUCAAUUUUUAUAAAAAUAUAACUUAUUCUAUUAUGAUAGAUAAUUUUAUUAAUAACAAUAAACAAUUUUUUUUGGUUAAAAAAGUAAAGUCUUUUCAGGAAGCAAAUGAUGAAUUUUAUAAAAGAGAUAUUACUAUAAAGGACAACGAUUCAUCAAUAUACAACGAAGAUAAAAUAAACUUUAAAACAACACAAUGUAAAAAAAAUUUAUUAAGAUAUGUUCUCUUAAGAUUUUUUAAAAGAAACAUAUUUGAUGAACUUAAAGAAAGCAAAAAGGAAAGUUAUUCUGAAAAUUUUAAUUAUAAUAUUUUUUACAAAGAUGAUAAUAUACAUCAUUUAAUUUUAAAAAAUUAUGUAAAUAAAUUAGUGCAUUUCAUUGAACCAAUAGAUUGCAUUAGCAUUUUUAAUGCUAAAAUAUAUAAAAAAUUAAAUGAUUUGUUUUCUAAUAUUCCUUUAAAUUUUAAAACUUAUUUUUAUUUAAAACAAAAUUUCAAUAAGACAUUUAAUGAAUCAUUUGAAAAAGUUGAUUCUUUGAAUAUAAAAGAGGAUUUAUUUUUGAAUAAUAAAAAAGAUAUUAAUUUUAUAUGUAAUGAUAUAUAUGUAAAUGAUGAGGAUAAUGAAGAAUUUGCAUAUAUUUCAACAGACAUAGAUUCUUAUAAAAGUGAUACCGUUUAUUGUAUUAAGUUAAACAAAAUGAACUAUACAGAUUUUAAGGAAAAUAUAAAGAAAAAUAAAAAGCUUUUAAAAAUGGCUACGAAAGAAAAACCAUAUUGCAAAUUAAAUAAAUGUUUUUCUUCUCUUAUUCAAACAAGUAAUAAUAUUCCUAUUUUUCAUGACUGUUAUAAAAUUUAUAAAAAUUUUUUUUGUAGAUUAAAUGAUUACUUUCAGAAAAGUACAUAUUUAUUAAAAGUUUUAAAUGAAAAUAUUUAUGAAUGGUAUAAUAAUUUAAAUAUGUAUGAUCCAUUUUUAUUUUUUCAUAAUAAAUGCUACAAUUUCAAAAAAAGUAUAAAAAGAAAAAAAAAAAGUUUUAAGAUAACUACAGAUGAAAAUAAUUUAAAAUUUAAAAAUUAUUUUAAAAAUAAAAACUGUAUAAAUAAAAAUUAUAUAAAUAAGAAGUAUUCAGAUAUGAAAUACUCAAAUAUAUGUAAGGAUAAUAUUAUGUCCAUUUCCCAUGAAACAAAGAACAGAAGUAAAAAUGAAGAAGAAAAUGAAAUAUUUAAUAAUAUUAACUCUCAUAUAAUGAGAAAUACAUAUAAUAAAAAAUAUUAUUGUAUGAAAAAUAAUUUAAAUUUUGAAUUAUCAAAAAAAAAAUAUAAAGAACCAUAUAUAUGCAUUUAUAAUGAUUCAAUUUUUUUCAAUGUUACUAACACAUGUGUUCAAGCAGAAAUACAUAAGAACAAUAAAUAUGAGGAAUCAUUAGUUAAUUAUAAUUUGAACAGAAACGUUCAUUUUGAAUUUAAUUCAAAUUUAAAUUGUUUUAUCUUAAGAUUAAAAAAUGAUUAUAUAAAAAAAAAAAAUAAAAUUUUCUUUUCAAAAAUAAAAAAGAAUCAAAUAUAUAAAUUAAAAUUUAUUCAAAAUUUUACAUACACAAAGAAAUAUACCUAUUUUUUUUUCUCUUGUUUUAUAUAUCCAAAGUUUCAAAUAAUUAGAAUGAUUUAUUUAUUUUCUUUGAAAUAUUUUCCUUCUUUAUUUCUUAAAACAGCUAACUAUUUAAAUUACUUUAAAUUAGAUGACAAGUUUAUAGAUUUCUUAUAUUGUGAUGAUUAUGUAAUUCUUAAUUCUAUUUUCCAUAAUUUUACAGCACAAAAAAAUUAUAAGACAGUAUUUGAUAUAUUACUAUUUAAAGGUUAUUACAUAAAUCCUUUUUCUUUAUUGGGUAGUCUUUGUUAUAUAAAAGAAAUUAAAAUUAUAUGCAAAUAUUUUAAAUUGCAGAAUGUAAAUUAUUUCAAUACUCUACAUAGUGUCAUAUCAAUAGGUAGUGUCAAAAAUGAAGUAGAGCUCAUUAAUUUAGAAAAAUUUAUGUAUAAGCAAGAAAUAAACAAAAGAAUUUACAAUGAUUACAGUGAAUUACCCAAAAGGGAGAUGGAAGAAAAUGAGAAAGAAGGCUGUUUAAGUAAAAUGAAUUUAAAAAAAAAUAAUAGAAAAAAUAAUUUUAAAUUAGAUUCUGAUGAUUUAUUUUAUAACAAUUUAUUACUGGUACAAUUUACUGAUAAUUUAGAGUAUAAUAUUGACAAUAAUAAUAUAAAAGAAUUUUUUGACAACAAUUAUAAUGAAAAUGAUGAUUUUAAUGAAAUUACAAAAUUUGAAAGUAAUAUAAAUAGGAUAGGAAUUUCAAAAAAAUUUGAUAUAAACGAUUACUUCAGAGAUCAAAGAGAAGGUAAGGAUAGAAUAAGUGAAAGUGAAGAAUUUGAAAUAGAGGAAAAUCAAAUGAAUCAUGAUGAAGCAAAUGAGAAAAAAAAAGUUCAACGUUUAAUUAUACCUCCAACUUUACCAAAUAUUUCGUGUGUAUUACUAACUGAAAAAAAAAAAAAAAAAAAUAAAGAAAAAAAUAUUAUUUUUCAAUUAAAUAAAACUAAUGAAAAAGAAGUAGAAGAACAAAAAUGUACAGAACUUCAUCAAUAUGUUAUGCCAAAGAAUGAAACAAAUGCUUUUAGUUUGAUAGAAUCAUAUAAUAAAAAAAGAAAAGCAUCUAAUUUAAGUAAUAGAAACACAAAUCAUAAAAAACUUAAUAUUCAUUGUAAUGAAAAUAAUUCAAAUUAUAAUGAAAUAAAUAUGAGUAAUAAUAUUUUAAAUGAUGAAAGAAAUGAAAAUUCGAACAGUGAAUAUUUAAAUAUAUGCAAUAAUCAAAUGGAUAGCAAUUUCAAUAUUAAUAGUAGUGAUAUUAAUAAUAAUUUUACCAAUAUAAAUAAUGAAGAUAACAAUAUAAAUAAUGAUGAUAAUAAUAUAAAUGAUGAUGAUAGCAAUAUAAAUAAUGAUGAUAAUAAUAUAAAUAAUGAUAAUAACAAUAUAAAUAAUGAUGAUAACAAUAUAAAUAAUGAAGAUAACAAUAUAAAUAAUGAUGAUAAUAAUAUAAAUGAUGAUGAUAGCAACAUAAAUAAUGAUGAUAAUAAUAUAAAUAAUGAUAAUAACAAUAUAAAUAAUGAUGAUAACAAUAUAAAUAUUGAUGACAAUAAUGUAAACAGAACUAAGUUAAAUUUUACUCAUGUGGAAAAAGGAAAGAAAUUAAAUGAAAGAAAAGUAUAUGCGACUUCAAAUAGAAAACUCUUAACUGAAAAAAAAGAAAAGAAAAAAAAAAGGAAUAGUGAUAAGAUAUAUUAUGAAUGUUUAAUGGAAAAUUCACAUAAUCAAAGGAUAAAAGAUUUUUCGAAACCAUCAGAAACAAUUAAUUUAUAUAAUAUUAUUAUCAAAUUUUUAAAUGAUAGAAUCUUGUUAAAAAAUGAUUCAAUAACUUACGAAAAAUAUAGAAAAAAAAACAUAAUAGAAUUUAAUCAUAUUGUAUAUAAAGAGUUUACAUUGCAUACUAAUUAUUAUUCGGAAUCUUAUAAUAAAAGUAUAUUAAAUGAAUUUAUUUCUCUUUUUUAUAGUGAUAACUUCAAAGAUACUUAUUUAAAAUAUGAAAAAAAAUAUAUUAAUAAAAUAAAAAAAAAUAAUUAUAAAAAAAAUGUGGCAAAUGAAAAAUGUAUAAGAAUUAAUGACUGUAAUAAUAUAAAUUUAGAUUUAAAAAAAAGCAUAGUAAAUUCACCAUAUGAAUUUAAUGAAUAUCCAUGUUUAGAAGAUGAACAAUUCACCAUUUCUCAAACAAAUAUAGAUCAUGUAGAAGAAGAUAAAAAAGUUGCAAACAACUUUCAAAGUGGGUAUGAAAGUGAACGUAAAAAUAAGAGAGAAAAUGAAAUAAAUCAUAUAGGAAUCCAGAAAAAAGAAAAUAUGAGUAUGAAUACACCACUUGAUAAUAACUUUUUAUCAUUUAUUGAAAGCAAAAAAUAUAGCGAUAAAGAAGAAUUUACUUUAUCCAUUGAAUAUAAUAGUUCAUAUUGUUCUUAUUCUGAUUACUGUAGUAGUAGUGAAUUCAGUGAUGAUAAUGAAAAUGAAGGUGAAUAUAUAAAUUGUUCUUUUUUUUUGCAUAAACCUAUUUAUGUUUUUGAUGAGCAAAGAGAGAUAAAAGAAGUUAAACAAAAAACUUAUAAUGAAAAAAAUAAAAAUAAUAAUAAUAAUAACAAAGGUAAUGGAAUGGAUAGUAUUUUUUCUUUUAGUGGAAAUAAAUUUGAAAAAUAUUUUUCUACGAAUAGUAGAAAACUUAAAAAAAUAUAUAAAAAGUUAAUUAAAAAAAUAGAAAAUGAUAAAUCUAUAAAAAAAACUUGCUAUAAAUUGUAUGACAAAAAAAACAACUUUCUGAUGAGAGAUUACAAGUGUUCAAAACAUAAAAACAUAUGGAAAAACUUUACUAAAAAAUAUGUAAAAAAAAAAAAAAACAUAAAUGAUAUGUUUAAAGGUGAUUCGUUCAUCAUAAACAGUGUUUCAAAUGAUAUACAUACUUAUGAAAACGAAAUUAAAAAUAUAGUAAGAAUAUAUAAAAAUCAAAAAAUGCUUAUAAAAAAUAUGAAACAGAAGCAAAUAUCACAAAAAUAUAAAAAUACUUUUCCAUGGGUUGGUAACAAUAUCUUUAUUUCUCCCAAUGACGUAGACAAAUUUAUUAUGGCGGGAUAUAGCUCUGUUUUAUUUCAUCAAAAUACAUCUUAUUUGAACAACUUUAAUCACUAUGCAGCAAGUGCUAAUAUACCUUUAAAUUUUAUAAUUGAAUCAAGAAGAAUAGAUUGCUUAAGUGUAAUGUUAUGUUUAUUGAUAAAGGUUUUUAGUUCUUAUUUAGAUUGCUCAUCUCAUGAUUUGAUUACAGCUUGUAGAGAAAUUGAGAAAUCCUUCAAAUUUUUUGUUAAAUAA